UUUUUUUUUUUUUUUUUUUUACGCUUGUCUUCUUUUUUUCUCUCUCUCUCUUCCUUUUUUGUACCUUUUUUAAAUGUCACUCUAUGAUAAAUUGCUCCAUGCUUUAACCCAUUAUCCAAUUGAUGAAUUAGGCAUCUUGCCUUGUGCUCCCAAUCUUUCUGAAAUCCCAUCUGACGCGCAGCAAUAUUAUCCUUUAUUGGUAGUGGGUUGCAAACUUGGCUUCUCUUUUGAUCAAUGGAUGGUCCUUUUGAAAGAAACUCAAGAACUAUUUAAUGACUAUCGACUCCACCAUUUUGAAGUUUUAGACAUGACUGAUACUUUGGAACAAUUGACACGGGUUAUGGUACUAUUGAAACCAGAUAACUAUACUGCAAUGAAUAUAAGGAAACAGAUGGUUGUACGUGGUCAAGUAUCUAUACCAGAGGAACUCAAAUUGAUUGAAUUGAUGUUUACUAUAGCAAAGCACACUAAAUCUUCUAUAGCAUGGUAUCAUAGACAAUGGUUAUUUACAUUCAAUAACAAACAACACAUGAAUGAUAUGGAUAUGGAAAGAGAAAUACAACUUUGUCAACGAUGCAUUACUCUUCACCCACGUAACUAUUAUGCUUGGAAUUAUCGACAAUGGUUAGUGGCAUUGAUGAUCGAACGCGACAAUGGAAUUUUACAACAAGAAUACCAUUCAACAUGUCAGUGGAUGGAAAAGAAUAUCAGUGAUCAUACCGGAAUACGUCAUUUGGAAUUUAUUUUGGACAAAUGGAUGGUAUCGUUAUCAACAUCUUCUUCAAUUCAAUCAUCACCACAAGGAUCGACAUUGUUGUCUGAUCAUCAUCAUCAACGACAGAUUAUUCAAUCACACGUGGCGUGGUUGACAGCUUUGUUAUUACGAUAUCCAGGGCAUGAAUCUUUAUGGUGCCACCAACGAUUCUGUGCUACUUUAUGGUUUCAAUAUCGAGACAAUGAUAAACAAUGGACGGAUUGGGCGAACCAGCAACAUAGAUUUAUUCAACAAAUUUUGGACAAUGAAAAUGAACAACAUCAAUCACUAGAUCUCUCGAAUUAUCAACAACAAUUGGGAUUUUCUUCAAAGUAUGGAUUAUGGUUAUGCUUUAUGAAAUGAUGGCUUUUUGUCUUUUUCUGUUCCGAAAAAAUAAAAGGAAGGGAAAGGAAAGGAAAAUAGGAGAAAAAGGAAACUUACCAAACGGGAAAAGAGGGAAAAGAAAAGAAGGAGAUUAGUCUUUUGGCAUAUGAUUCUAUCCCUUACCAACUAACUCACUUUCUGACUAUUUUUCUCCCUUUUUCUGUAUAUAGGAGAUCAAGAAUGAUACUGGCAACAACUACAAUAAAAGGAAACUGGAAAGUCUAGUGGAUAGGUAUAUAGCUCAAAUACAACAAGUGGACUCUUCUCCCAUCUAUUUACGUUAUUGGAAACAUCAAUUCUUAUCAGCAUCAUCAUCAUCGACUAGUCCUUUGAAACUCGACAGGAAUGAUAAUUCACCUCCUCCACCAUCAUCAUUAUCAUCAGAAUAGAAUAGAUAUUAUUUAUCUGAACGUUUAUUUUUUUUUUUUAUGGGACAAUAAUAAAACAAGAGAUUUGUGGAAAAGA